AUGGGUUCAAAUCUCAACAUGUCGCCAGAUACUGUAUCGUCGCUAUUCCCAGACCGACCGAUUCGGCCGUUACCGAAACGUCGACUGCGCGAGAAGCUCUCACCAGGGGCCGUAGAGACAAUAGCGUAUCCUCCUUCAACUCACGAAACGACGCCUCUCUUUUAUUACCCACCAUACAACUUCAGGGAAGACACGAGCCCGCCAAGGGCAUGUUCUACAAGCCCAUCUCAACAAACUCGUAGAGCGGAGGAGGGCUGCAACUAUACCCCUCGACGAAACGGACUGGGGCUGCCAGAUGGCGACGAUGAAGAGCCGGCUUUGCGAAGCACUCUUGUUACUAGAUCACCCCCGGAGAUCUUGACUCGUGGGACUCAGCGAUCCUCGAAGCCAGAUAUCCCCGAUCCGCAACCACCGCCUUCCGCAACGUCCUCUGUGGAUGGUUAUGAUGUAUUUGAAAACACGAACAACAAAAAGAAGCGGAAAAUUCCUUCCCCUGGGGAGCUUUCUGUUAAUGGCACCCAGGGCUCGAGUAAUGAGAUUGCCAUUUCAGCUGGUGCAGGACAUUCUCCUACCGACGAAUCACACAACGACCGGGCGUCAUUCCACUCAGUCUCACAUCCAACGACGGGCACUUUUUCAUCCAACAAUCAGGGGAUAUCAGGACCUGGGCGGGGCAGGCUUGGGCGUUCCAGGAAUGGCAGAAGCCCGCUGCGAGCAUUGUCUGAUAGUAACAGUAAUGCGUGGGCUGGGCGAGGGCCAAAGGCCACUCAGUGGACAACGGGCGAGCAAGAGGGCAGUGGUAUAAUAUCAAAUGCUAUCGCAAACGCCGAGAAACUUCGACCUCAGGGACAGGAGAACGUUAGUCUACUUCAACAACACUCUAUCGCAACAAGAUCGACUCCAGCAUCAACCCAGUUUACUUUCACCUGUGAUUCCCAAGUCCCUGGCACGGUUCAGUGGCCCGGCCACUCGAGCAAGCACAGCAUGUCGACUCAGGCCGGCCCUGGCUCCUUACCACCUGGCAGUGUUGCUCCUCACGAUGGGUCUUCCGUGGCAGCUAGUCGAGGCUCCGGAAGUUCUCGUCGAGACAGCAAACGACGCCUAGACAGAUCACUCGAAAGGGCUGCGCGGCGACGUCGUCGAGAGGCGCGGCAGGAUCCCACCAAAACAGCUGACGAAUGGAUUUGCGAAUUCUGUGAAUACGAAAUGAUAUUUGGAGUGCCACCCAGAGCAUUGAUCCGACAAUAUGAGAUGAAAGACCGCCGACGCCGACAGGAAGAAGCUGAUCGCAAACGACUUCUCGAAAAGGCCAAGGAGAAAAGUCGGAAGGCCAGAAAGGGCGGCAAGAAACCUGCAUCUCGGGGAGAGAAUGCUGCCGCUCAGAACCUGCCUCAGGAGCCUAGCACAUCUCUGGACAUGAACCACAAUCAUUCGAAUCAGUCAGGAGAGGACGAGAACCAUUUCCCGGAUUCCCCAGGAGAUCGCACUGGGCCAGACAUACCGACUGAGGUCCAGUCAUCAUAG